UUACCAUAAAAAAAAACCCUUCUAAACCUUUUCCCUCUGCUAUCAAAGUAGGCGCAAACCAAAAAUUGAGGUAGUAGCUAUGGCCAGCCCGGAAGAAGCAAAGCUCGAAACUUUCAUGCAGUGGCUACAGGCAAAUGGGGUUGAGCUACGAGGUUGCAAAAUCAAGUGGUGUGAUUCCAAACGAGGGUUUGGCAUCUUUUCUGAUAAAGAUGUUUCUGAUGGGGUUUUGUUGGUUGUUCCCCUAGAUUUAGCAAUUACUCCAAUGAGAGUGUUGCAAGAUCCUCUUCUAGGACCAGCAUGUAGGGCAAUGUUUGAAGAAGGAAAUGUUGACGACAGGUUACUAAUGAUGCUGUUACUGACUGUGGAGCGGUUGCGUAAGAAUUCUCUAUGGAAGCCGUACUUUGAUAUGCUUCCAACCACUUUUGGGAAUCCACUUUGGUUUACUGAUGAUGAACUUCAAGAGCUAAGAGGAACAACAUUAUAUCGUGCAACUGAAUUGCAGAAGAAAAGCCUGCUUUCUUUGUAUGAAACUAAAGUGAAGGAUAUAGUGAAGAAUCUUUUGACUCUUGAUGGAAAUUCAGAGAUUGAGGUGAGCUUUGAAGAUUUCCUUUGGGCAAAUUCAGUAUUUUGGAGUCGUGCUUUGAACAUUCCAAUGCCUCGUUCUUAUGUAUUUCCAGAAUUUCAAGAUGCUCAUGUCAGUUGCAUUCCAGAAGCUGAUGAAAACAGAAGCCAGGUUAAAAAAUCUGACAAUCUGACCAAGGAAGCGGCAUGUAACACAAUGAUAGAAGACACUAUGUGGGUAGAGGGUCUUGUCCCUGGCAUUGAUUUUUGCAACCAUGAUCUGAAGCCGAUAGCAACAUGGGAAAUUGAUGGAACUGGUUUAACAACAGGAGUUCCUUUCUCCAUGUAUCUUAUUUCUGCUGCUCAAAGUCCCUUGCAGAUUGAUCAAGAAAUUUCCAUUAGUUACGGAAACAAGGGAAAUGAGGAACUUCUGUAUCUGUAUGGUUUUGUCAUUGAUGAUAACACAGACGAUUAUCUCAUGGUCCACUAUCCAGCUGAAGCAAUUGAUGCUAUUUCCUUUUCAGAGUCCAAAAGCCAGCUUCUUGAAGUUCAGAAGGCUGAAAUGAGAUGUCUUUUACCCAAAACUUUGCUGGAUAAUGGAUUUUUUCCACGUGGCACUCAAAACAGUGGAGAAAAUAACAAAGGCAAAGUUGACCAAGUUUGCAACUAUAGUUGGAGUGGUCAGCGCAAGAUGCCAUCUUAUGUAAACAAGCUGGUAUUUCCUGAGAAAUUUUUGACCACUUUGAGGACUAUAGCCAUGCAAGAAGAUGAGCUUUUCAAGGUUUCCUCAAUGCUGGAAGAGCUUGCUGGACCUGAAAGGGAGAGACAACUAUCAGAUACAGAUGUCCAAUCAGCAAUAUGGGAGGUCUGCGGUGAUUCUGGAGCUUUACAAGUUCUUGUUGAUCUUCUUCGUGUGAAGAUGAUGGAUCUCGAAGAGAGUUCUGGAACAGAGGAAGGUGACAUUGAUUUGCUCAAGAAAGCCCUAAUUAUUGAUAGCCAGGAAGAUAGCAAACAAUGCAUGAGCACUAUAAGCACAAAGACAAAUGACUCUGAGGAAGCAAAGUUGAUGAGUAGAAACAAGUGGUCUGCUAUAGUGUAUCGGCGUGGCCAAAAGCAGCUGACAAGGUUAUUCUUGAAAGAGGCAGAACAUGCUCUACAGUUAUCACUGAAUGAAGAAGAGGAGACUAUACAGGGACAAUCAAUAAAGUAAAAUAAAUUACUACCGAAAAAAGAAAGAGGAAUGUUACAAAGUAUAGAAGUUUGUACGUUUUUAUCGUGAGGUGACAUUAUUGUUGUCUUCUUGAUUCAAGACAGUCCUGAACAACUCUGGUUUUGUCUGGUGUCUUGUCUACUUCAUUGCAUCUCACGGGUGGGUUGUUUGCCAUUAAAUUAGUAAUGGAAGGCAUCUUGUGACAGCAUGAAAUAAACAUUGUACCCAACAAUCGAGUAUAUUUUUAAAUUUCAGUUGAGUU